GGGCUAGAGAUUGAAACAAAAGAAAAGCAACGUGCGAAGAUUAAGAAGAAAAAGCGUAAAAGAAAGUCAUCUGAUUCCGAAUGUAAUGGAAAUAUGAAGAAAAAGCUCCUGUCACAAAAAGGUCGUGAUUACACAGUGAGCAUUGCUCUGCCUGGUUCUAUUCUAAGCAAUGCUCAAUCAUUAGAAUUAAGAACAUAUUUAGCAGGACAGAUAGCACGUGCCCUGGUGGUUUUCAACAUUGAUGAAGUAAUCGUCUUUAAUGAAACAUGUCAAAGUACAGCAAGCGUUGAUACAACAUUCCGAGGUGCAGGGAAAAAAUCUGACCCAAAUAUACUCCUAGGAAGAAUCCUGCAAUAUUUGGAGUGCCCUCAGUAUCUAAGGAAGUCAUUCUUUCCCAGGCACCCAGAUUUACAGUAUGCAGGUUUGCUCAAUCCUUUGGAUUGUCCUCACCACAUGAGAGCAACAGACAUGCUGCCAUUUAGAGAAGGCAUAGUUGUAAACAGACCAGUUAAAGAUGGUCACGGUUCAUUGGUCAAUGUUGGACUGCAGAAAGAAGUCUCUAUUGAUAAACGAUUAAAAGCUGGUACAAGAGUCACAGUAAAGCUAGCUUAUAAAGAUAAAAAAGAUGUCGAAGUAGAAAGUGCGUGUGUUGUGCCACCAAGUCAACCACGGACAGAAGAAGGGCUAUACUGGGGUUAUACAGUCAGACUGGCCCAUACAUUCAGUGCUGUGUUCACAAAGUCACCUCAUAAACAUGGUUACGAUCUCACCAUUGGUACUUCAGAACGAGGGACAGCAAUUGAUGAAAUUGAGUUAAAGAAGUUUCAGCAUUUAUUAAUAGUCUUUGGUGGAUUACAAGGUCUUGAAGCAAGUUUGGAAUCAGAUGAAUCGCUAAAUGCUAUGGAUCCCAGUUCAUUAUUUCAUCAUUAUAUAAACACAUGUCCUGAGCAGGGCAGUAGGACUAUACGGACAGAAGAGGCAUUGUUAAUUACAAUGUCAGCUCUAAGACCUCACAUUAAAAUAGCUAAUCAAAAAGGCUAAUUAGUAAGGCAAAUGCUGGAAAUAUCACGCUUCAUAGAGAAAUAUGGACAUACGUACAGAACCCAUAUAUGCCAUUUUAUUAAAAUUGGUGUAUGUUAAUUAAUCAACCUGCUAUUGGUACAUGUUCCCACUGAUUGUU